AUGGCGUUUGCACCCAGACUGCGCGCGGUCGCCCGGCCCUCCAAAUCCGUGAGCAUUUCCGUUCCGAUCGCGCUGUUGUGCUUCUUCGCCCUCCUCGGCUCCGUCCGGCACGGCAGGAUUCGCCUGCUGGGGCAGUUGUGGCCGAAUGGCCGUCGGUGUCUCCCCGUGACUCCCCCGGAGUAUCGGUCCGAGAUCGGGCGGGUCCUCGAGGAACGCGGCUACAAGACCGGGGCAGAGCUUGGGGUCAAGCAGGGACAGUUCUCCGUUGAGAUCCUGCGAAGUUGGCCCUCGUGCUCCAGAUACGUCCUGGUUGACGUAUGGAAGCACCAGAAGAACUACAAGGACACGGCCAACGUCGAUGACGCCGAGCACGAAAAAUUCUACCAAGAGACGAUGCUGGUACUUUCAUCUUGGAAGGAGAAGCUGGACGUGAAGCGGACGUGGACGAGCGAGGCCGUGAAGGAGAUCGAGGACGAGAGCCUCGACUUCAUAUACGUGGACGCGCGCCACGAUUUCUGCGGGGUCUACGAGGACGCGAGCCUCUACUGGCCCAAGCUCAGCCCGGGAGGCAUCAUGGCUGGGCACGACUACAUUAGUUGGCAAGAACUGAAUGAACUGGAGGCUCCGGACUGGGGGUUGUGUGCGAACGGGACGUUCUUGGAAGCCUCAGUGAAGGAGGCCGUGGACCAAUUUGCUAGUGAACACGGGCUUCAAGUGAUCGCCACCUUGGAGGAAUGGCCGUCCUGGAUCGUUCAUAAACCUUUACCUCAAUGCUGAUCGCACCGACGAAUUCAAAUAGAUCUUUUUAUAUGGCUGAC